ACACAACGCGAUUUGUUCCCAAUUUGUUCCCAAUCAUCGGUCCCCCUGUAUCAAAGCAUCAACAAUCCCCAACCCAACGCGAUCAAUAGCCCCCUCGAGCUCAGUUGCAGAGAGGAUAGAAAAAGAUUAAAGAUGGAUGCCCUUCAACAAUCUCAUAGAUUCAUGAGACCACCAACGGUGGGAGCACCACCAUCACCAUUUACACCACAGUCAUCCAUGGCCGACCUCCAGCCCAGACCAUCACCGCCUCAGGGGCUUUGGUACUCCGGUCAAUUCCAGUACCAGUCUUCGCAGCCUCCGCCGCUUCCUCCAUAUCACCAUCAACAACAGACGCCGCAGUGGCCCCCUCAUUCCGAUCACCAUCAAAUUUAUCCAACGCCCCACCACAACUCCGUUCCACCGUAUCCUGGGCAGCCUCAGCACAACCAGUAUCCUCUCCCUCCUCGACCACACCUGCCACCACCUCCUCCUCCUCACUACCACCAUUCCCUGCAUCCUCAAGGUUAUGCUCAGUCCAAUCAGACAUGGGGAAACCCAAAUUGGGCUCACCAUCAAAGUUGGGAAUAUUCAGAUGGAAACAUUUCCCAUAAUAAUGAGGAAGAUUGGGCUGCCAGGGCCAGGGCAUGGGCGGCAGCCAAAGCAGCAAUGGAGAAUCAGCAGAAUCAGCAACCUCAGUUGCAGCUUCCUCCAGUUGGAAAAUCAGAAGAUCCCAGUAAUAUGUAUCAUGAUCAACAACAUCAGAAUGUUGAUCCUCAUAGCACUGAUAUUCAACAACCAUCACUUCUUUCUUCAGGCCAUCAACAGUUCUCAGUUUCUGCCACGAAUCUCCACAGGCCACCUUUAGAUCAUUUCCAGGAGUCCUCUCCCUUCAGCUCUCGACAGUCUUCUUCGUAUGUUUCAGAUGGGCAUAUACCAUUUAUGUCUAGAGAGGGUGCUUUGGUUGAAGGUUCAACUCCCGUAUUUCCUCAUCAAGGAAGUGUUCCUACUAGCUCAUCUAUUUAUCAGCAGGAGGUACCUUCUAGUUAUUCUUCCAUUUCAGCAGGUAAAGAGGUUGGGAAUCCAAACAGCCAGUUACACAAGCCACCUUUGCCCAUAUCAUCAUGCGAGGAAGGACAUCAUGUGCAAUCUACAUUGCCUACUGUCGGUAGAUCAAUUUCAGCAGAACAACCUCCUUUUGUGCAUGGUGAUCAGUCUGCUGAAUCAACAGCUGUUUUGAGUGAUAGACCGUUAGAGUUUACACCAAGGUUUAAUCAUGAGCAUGAUGUAUAUUCACAACGUACUUAUAUCCAUCCUGAUCCAUCAGGAGCUGUAGGCAGUGUGGACUCUAUUGCAGCUGUGCCCUCUGCACAUGCUUGGAAUCCUUCAGUUCCUCUUGGGGCAGUAUAUCCACCAAUUCCACCAGUCCCAGCAGGGCCACAGUUUGAUCCUUCUCUUGUUGCAUCUCCUGUUUCUGGACAUGCUGCACCAAUCUUUGGCAGGAUGCCUGGAUCAGGGUUUCGGCCCACUAUUCCAAUGGCCAGUGCACCCUUUGGUAUGGCUGCAGGAACUGCUGUUAUUCCUCCAACCACAUUUCCUGGAGACAUGAAUGGGGGUCUUAAUGUCUUGGAACGCCCCAAAAAGGCUUCAGUACCCAAUUGGCUUAGAGAGGAAAUAAUUAAGAAGAAAGCUGCCAUUGCUAGUUCUGUUCAGGAGCAACCUGAAGAGGAUCCUUUUCGACCUGUUGGUGAUGAAGGUGUUGAUAAACCUUUCAGGAAAGAUGAUCAAGCAGAUAGCAAAAGCAUCGAUUCUUCUAGAUCAACUGAGGAUGAUGAUGAGGAUGAUGUGGAAGCAGCAAGGACAGCAGCAAUCAACCAAGAAAUAAAGCGCAUCCUAACUGAAGUUCUUUUGAAGGUUACUGAUGAUCUGUUUGAUGAGAUUGCUACAGAAGUUCUCACUGAAGACGAUCUGACAGUUGAAGUUCAUAACAACUCAGAUGCACCAAAUCAGAAGGCAUUACCAUCUCCUCCAGUAGUUGUGACUCCCAAGGCUUCUGCAAAGGUUCUGAUUCCAGUUAAGGCAAAGGAGGCUGAAUCAAGUGAAGUCAGUGGGAAAUCUAGUUCUAGCUCUCCUGGAGAUGUACUGGGACUUGCAAAUUAUGCCUCUGAUGAGGAUAAUGAUGAGAUUCAAAGCUCCACCAUCCCCAAUAGGCUUACAGAUGCUCUGCAUCAGCAGUCAACAAAUGGUAAGCUUGUAGAAGAUAUGCCUGAUGCAGUAGGCAAUGGCGGUUCUCUAGCAGAAACUGAAAGGUCCAGUGGAACUCGAGUGGACAUGGAGCCUGAUCACUUGAAAACAGGCCCAAACGGGGAUUCAUUUAAGUAUGUAGUUGACAAUUGUCUGGGUGUCAAUGGGUUGCAUAAGGAUAUGGAUUAUGGGAGUGAUGGGCAUCCAACAACUGCUCCCAGUGUUGUCUCUGGAAUCCUGGAAGAUAAGAUCAACACCAAUGGAGAAAAGAUGCUGCAAACCUCAAAUGCUUUUGAGUCAAAAGGUACUGGUGGAGGAAAGUACCAUAUGAAACCUGAUCUGGUGCAUGCAAGUGUUAGUAUUAAGAACUCACUUAAGGAUGCUUCUCAUGGCAGAGAAGCUGGAAGCAAAUCAGACAAGAACGAUGGAUCUGGAACUAGGAGUUCUGGGAGUAAGGAUUUUGCCAGAGAGGCUGAAAGUAGUAAGAGUAAAACAUCUGAGAAACAUUCUAAUUCCACUGAUCAUAGGAGAAGAGAUGAAAGACAUCCAAAAAAGGAAAAGAUGGAUGACAGGAAUGCCUCAAAAGAGAGGAUGAAGGAUCGAGGAAUUAAAUCAGAGAAAAAAGUAAAGGAAUCUGAUUUCAGAAAGAUUUCGACUCAUGUCAAUAGUAAGGAUGAACGAGAGGAAGUUGAGAAAGAUAAAAGGUUUAGUGUCAAAGAAGAUAGUAACAGGAAAAGGGAAUUGGCAAAGGAUGACAGGGGAGAUAGAUUGAGGCAUAAAGCUGCAAGAGAGGACUUGCACAGGCAUAAAAGACGGCACACUUCUUCAAUUAGCACUAGGGGUAGAGAUAGCAGAGAGAAUACAGUAGGCAGUCAUUCCAGUGAUUCAAGUGAUGAUGUUUCGGAAGAUUCAAAGCACCAAAGGAACCCACAUUCAAAAAGGCGCAGCUCAUCACCAUCACCUAUCAGGUCUAAGCGAAGACAAGUUUCGCGGUCACCGCAUAGCAAGCACUCUCAACGCAGACAUUCUCCUUACUCUUCUCUAGAGACCACCAGGUAUGUUCGUGGCAGUAUGCUUUUAAGAUUGUUUAAGAAAAAGGUUAUGAGGCAUAUACAUGCAUCAUAACACUAAAGGUCUCAGGUGAAAGAAUCGAUUUCCUGGAACCGUCUCAGAAUUUGGUUUUAACUAAAAGAUGAUUCUAACCGCAGGAGUAAGAGAUCUCGAUCUAAUUCACCUGUCCGUAGGAGAAGAUGAUAUAAAAAGCUAUUUUUUUGGUGGAACCUGGAGCUCGACCGGUGUUGCUGGCUGGCUGCAGGGGGGGAUUUUGGCAUCUCGCAUGCAGUGGAAUUGUUGAGAUUUGCAACCAUGAGUGUUAGGAACUGCAUGGAUCAAAUGUAUUUUAUUUUAGUAGAUGCUUGGGCUUCCUCUGGUGCUGAACGUUAAUUCAGCAAUUUUCUCACCAAAGUGAAGGUAUCAGGUAUGGAUGUUGGAAGUAUGACCAAUUAACCACGGGGCCGGGCAGGAGGAUAAAAGCAAGGUCGUGGUAUGUAUGCCUCUCUGGUAGUUUGGAGGGGUGUGUGUGUGUAUGUUAAAUAUAUGAACCAGAAGGUCCAGAACCACCAAAAUUUCAAAUAAAAAUUGUUUUUUUGUGAACUCUAUAAA